AUGGAUCCUUUCCUGUCGCUUCCCGCUGAACUCCGGGUUCAAAUCCUGACUCAACUUCAGCCAAGCAGUCUCCACCACAUGAUCAGGGCGUCGCCUUCCAUGUUCCAUGAGUACACACAAUCCAAGAGCUACAUUGCAGGGGUUUUUAUAUCACAAGACUUUGACGAUGAACUCAUGCAAGACGCCAUGGCAGUUCUGACCUUCCCGAACCUGGAUAUCCCCGAUUAUCCCCAUGAGGCCGUUGAUCGCCACCUCGCGCUGUGGGCGUCGAAGCAGUUCUCCAACCCCCUCGAGACACACAACAAAGAGACCAUAGAGGACCUGGACAGGCUACGUAUUCGACUUCGUAUCUUCAUCGGAGACUACGUAGCUAAAGCGAUAGCUCGUGCUCCUUUUCGCCAGUACCGCCACCUUCCGACCCCUUCGCCAGCCCAGGCUGGCAUUUUCGACGUGGACCGGUUGAGCGACUCGGAGCGGAGGAGAUUCUUCCAGGCCUUCUUGAGGUACGAGUUUCUCUGCAAGAUCUACAGCCAGGCAUGUACUCUCGGGUUGUAUUGGCCUUGGAAUUGGAAAAAGCUCUGGGAGGUCAGAGAUAUUCGUGUUGGGCCGCACUGGGAGGUGGAGGCACUAUCAUGCGUCCACAACUACCUCGAAUCGCUCUACGGGGCCAUGAUUAUUCGAUGUAACGAUGCCAAGGCACGAGAGACACGUUACCCUUUUCCACGACAAAGGGAUGGGUACGAUACUUGCUGGACCCCCGAAUACUCUGUGUGUCUAUCCAAGAGCGAGGCCCGCGCCGCGAGUACAUUGGCGCAUCACGGCCUUGACCUCGUCUCCAGCAUACUUGGAGUCGCCAACACUGGCAUUGGUGGCUGCCGCCGUCUUGGGUCAUGGUUUAAAGCCUUCACCACCGAGGUCCACGCCUGUUUCGUCGAUCCCUUGCCCAACACCAACCUAGGCACCUCAACUCACGAGACACCUGGCUUGUAUAAGAAGUUGCUCAGCUACUCAUUGUUAGAUUUCUUCAUGAGUUCGGAACUUUACAGACAGCGAGCCUGGGCCUUCUUUGAUGAUGAUCGGUUCAUGCCUAACCGUGCGACAUGGGAGCUGUUUUCGGGUCCGGCCUGGCAGGAGGAUCUACGGAAUAACGGCCUGUAUGAUCACUUCAAGGGACAGGCGGAGACCUUGGACGAUAAUAACGACUAUUACUCGGAGAGGACAAAGGGCCAUGGGAAGAGAAUCGUCCGAGUACCACGACGGUUCUUUGCGAGACAGCUGGAGGGUGAGUUGGUUGUUUUCUGGCGCGGCUCAAUAUCCCACAGUUGUACCUAUAUGCAUUCUGGCCUUAGUGUCUAUGCAGGGCCCCUUGGAGGUCUCUAG